UCAUUCAUUUAUUUCUUCUUCUUCUUCGUCAUACGUAUUCAUCGUUUUCUCUAUUUGCACGCACCAGGUCUCUUUAACAUUUCGAUUUGCACGAAACAAAAAUUUAAAGAAAAAAUCUACACUAAUGCAGUUUGUCCACGACAUCAGAUGAAUAAUGACCUACUUGUCGAUUGAAAUGAGUUGAUGUGUUGUGGUAUUUUGAAGUGUGCAUCCAAAUCAGUCAGUAUUAAAUUUGUAUAAUUAAAAUUCCAUUCCAAUCAUGAGUUCAUCCGAAAUUAGUUCAAAGCCGGACGGUAAAGCAGAUGACGCAUUAAAUUCUCAAGAGGCGGUCAAUAAAAUCGCUAAAACGCUUGAAAAAUCACAUUAUUCAUUUUUGGAUUUGCGAACAGCUCAAGGCCAAAUUCUAUUUCUUUUAAUAUCAAUUGCACUGUCUGUACUCAUUCAAUCACUUCCAAAUGGCACAUUCACUUCUGUUUUCAAUCAAGAGAUUCCAACACAUGGCCAUGUAACCGAAACGGUGCGACACGAAUGCAAUAAAACGCCGACAACGGCAAGUGCACCAAUCAAACGGCCUACUUAUUGGAUUUUUGGUAAAAGUGAAAACGAGGCACAUUUAAAACAUGUAAAAAAUGUUCUACAACGUUUGGGCUAUGAAAAAGUGACUAACGAAACAACCGAUUGGGAUUUAUUAUGGGCACAUGAUUAUCCAUUCAGAGUGCUCUAUCCAAAAUUGCACCAUCUUAAAGUGCAUCAAAAAGUCAACCAUUUUCCCGGUUGUGGUUUCAUCACGAAUAAAGUAGAUUUGGCAACGACUGAUUUGGAAUUCAUUCCGAAAGCAUUUCGAUUGCCCGAAGAUCGUGAAAAAUUCAUUGCAUAUGCAGAAAAAUAUCCCGAAAAAAUGUUCGUACAGAAACAUAAUCAACAUCGUCAUAUCAAUAUUAAACCGGUGAAAGAGAUCAAUUACAAUGAUAAUGAUACAUUUGUUCAAGAAUACGUUGAUAAUCCACUUUUGGUCGAUGGACACAAAUUCGAUAUUGGUGUUUAUGUUAUCAUCACAUCAGUUGAUCCGCUUCGUGUUUAUAUUUAUAAAGGUGAUAUUCUAUUUCGAUACUGUCCACAAAAAUACCAUCCAUUCGAUCCGAAGAAUGUUGAUAAGUAUAUUGUUGGCGAUGACUAUUUACCGGUUUGGGAUAUACCAAGUUUGGCACCAUUUUAUAAUGGUUUUGGUUUUGGCAUGAAACACUCAUUCGAUGCAUACAUACGCAGUAAAAAUCGAGAUCCAAAUGGCAUUUGGAUUCAAGUUGAAGAAGCAAUUCGACAAACAUUACUGAACAAGGAGAAACAUAUCAUAAAUGCGCUCAAAAAUUACCGACACAAGCGAAACUUCUUCGAAAUGAUGCGAUUUGAUUUAAUCGUUGAUGAUAAUCUGCGGGUGUAUCUCAUGGAGGCAAACAUGAGUCCGAAUCUAUCAUCGGCACAUUUUCAACAGAAUACACUGCUGUACGAACAAGUGAUCUACAAUUUAAUGAACCUCGUUGGUAUUGGCUCUUCAAUUCAUCGCGAAUCGUUGCGCACACAAACAACUGAUGCCGAACAAAUGAUGUCAGCCGACAAAAAUAUUGCUGUCCAUGCUGAGCAUUGUACAAGCGAUAUGUGUGUCGAAUCGUGUGAAUUGCCUGAAUGCGAACUAUGUCGACCAUGUCUUUCGGCUCAAGAUAUAAGCGAUUUGCAUAUGGCAUAUCGUGAGCAUGUGAAUCGUGGUGAAACCAAACGAAUUUUUCCAGUGCCAAUAAUAAGCGGAAAGUCAGCCGAUUUAAGCGAACUUAAUGCAAACAAUCAGAAAAUGUCACGAUGGUUUGCGGGAAAAUGUGCAAUGGAGUCGAUAUGGUGCUCGUAAAAUCACACAAAUUUUGUAAA